CGCCACCUCCUCAUCGCAGCAGUUCAGUGUUGUGUUGUGCGCAGGUGAGGACAGAAACACGCCGACAGGCUGCAGAGACGCGUCUCCUCGUCGAUCCGUCAAACAGCGCGUCUCCUGGAAUUCCUUUUUCCGCCUUUUCGGAUCGAACCACCGACCGUCCCGGACAGCAUUCAACAGCGCCAACAUGCCGACUCUGCGACACUCCUACACGCUGGCAACGGCGGAGGAACCGGCCGCUUUCCCGCUGGACAAACCAGAGCAGCGGCGCAAGAACCCGCAUCUGUCCCGCAGCGCGCUGGUGUCCACGUUCAUGGGUCUCAUCAUCAACCAGGCCAAGAACAAGAGCCCUCAAGGCCUGGUUGGAUUGAAGAAUCUUGGCAACACAUGUUUCAUGAACUCCAUCCUCCAAUGUCUGAGCAACACCUCAGAGCUGAGGGAUUACUGCCUGAGAAACAUCCAUCACAGUGACCUCAACAACAACUGCAAGACCAACGCUGCUCUUAUGGAAGAGUUUGCAAAGCUGACUCAGAAUCUGUGGACAUCUGAGAACAAUGACGCCAUCAGUCCUUCUGAUUUCAGAAGCCAGAUCCAGAGAUACGCUCCAAAAUUUGUUGGCUGCAAUCAGCAAGAUGCCCAGGAGUUUCUGCGUUUCUUAUUGGACGGUCUCCACAAUGAGGUGAACAGAGUCACCAUCCGCCCUAAAGUGUCUGUCGAGGACUUUGACCACCUUUCGGAUGAUGAGAAAGGCAGGUGGAUGUGGAACAUGUACUUGCAGAGAGAAGACAGCAAAGUAGUGGACCUGUUUGUUGGGCAGCUAAAAAGCUCUUUGACUUGCACUGUUUGUGGCUUCCGCUCCACUGUGUUUGAUCCAUUUUGGGACCUUUCCAUACCUAUUGCACAGAAGAACUCCGGUGAAGUGAGUCUCAAAGACUGUUUGAGACUCUUCACGAAAGAAGAUGUAUUGGAUGGAGAAGAAAGACCAACUUGCAAUAGAUGCAAAGCCAGACGAAAAUGCACCAAGAGGUUCAGCAUCCAGAAGUUUCCUCAGAUUCUUGUACUCCACCUGAAACGCUUCUCAGACUCCAACAUCCGAGGUAGCAAACUCUCCACUUACAUCAACUUCCCUCUCAAAGAUCUGGACCUGCGAGAGUUCUCCUCAGAGAGCGGUGAGCGCCCCGUGUACAACCUGUACGCUGUUUCCAACCACUCCGGAAACACUUUGGGAGGCCAUUACACAGCCUACUGCAAGAACCCAACGCUGGGGGAGUGGUACAGCUACAAUGACUCCAGGGUAAGCCCGAUGUCCUCCAGCCAGGUUCGCAGCAGCAACGCCUACGUCCUCUUCUACGAGCUUGCCCCCUCCUCACACAGCAAAUAUCAGAUGUGUCGGCUUUAGAGUCUGCGAUAAGCUGCACUGAACUGGGCCUAGAAAUGGAUUCAGACACUGCGUGCUGGGAGAGAGAAGAGAACUCCACCUAGUGGAGAGAAUCCUGCCAUGACAGUUUGUGAACUGUGAAACUGAAACUGAAGCACAGAGGGAAAAAAACAACAAAAAUUCACCUUCAUCUCGGUGAGGAAAAAAAAAGGUGAAACUCAUAUUUGCACUUCAGCAUUUCAAGCUUAACGCAUAAGUUAGGCGGAACUGGAACAACGCUGGAAAAAGGCUUCUUCCAUUUUGUAGAAAUUGAGUUCCAGGCACAAUUACGAGCAGCGAACUGGGAAAAUUUAGUUUAUUCCAGUGAAACCUGGAUUUACUGCUUUUUCUUCUCCUUUGUGUGGAUUUACUUUUUCUUUGAAUGUGAAUUAUAGCAUUUAAAGACACUGCAGAGACUUGGAAAAAAAAGCCUGAACAGCAAGAUAUAAUUUAUUGUAUUUAAUAUGAUGUCAGUACUUAAGAAUGUGCACUGUAUAUGUAAUAUAAGAGCUUUAUGGUUUUUUUCCACAGCAGAAACCCACCAAUGACAGCAAGAGGAAGUUUUAUGUCAAAGUACAUUUUAUUUUUGUACAGUAUUUAUGGACAGCGCUGCGAAUGUAGGAAAAACCAUCGCAAAACAUACCAAAGCAGCUGUGUGUGAACGCAUCAAUACUUCUUCCAGGAAUAAUCCCGCCGACUUUACUUCAGAGUCGGCCGAGAGACUAUAAAUGAUUAAAACCUAUCUCUAAGUUACA